UGCCGCCCGAUCCGUCGGACAUGUUGGAGCUAUUCCAGAGCGUCUGGAGCUACGUUAACUCGUGCUGUGGGCUGCUGCUGGACGCGGCGGGCAUGAAGCACAGCUACCAGUACGAGCGACCGGCCGUGCCGCCCUCGCCCGAGCAGUGCGCCGCUUUCCUGCCAGAGCUGGGCGCCAACGUGCAGACGCUGACGCUUGCCCUGCAGCGGCUGAUGAAGCUGUCCGUGGUGUCGCUGAAGGCGGACAACGCCGACCUGCUGGCCGUGUGGCAUUGUCUGCGGACGCUGAUGAUACUGGCGGGACAGGAGACAGGCCUGCUACCCCGCCAGCUGCUCCACUUCAUCAAAGGGCCAGCCAACAGGGUGCUCCUGGGCAAGGGUCUAGACCAGAUGGUGGAUUUUCUCCACUCGUUGCAAGGACUCCAGCAUUUGGUCAGCUGACAUCCCUGGGAAGUCCCCACCACCUACCUGAGCUUUCAGAGAACCACGCGUGCUUUAUUCGAGUACAAACGUGCUAUGAGUCGAUAAGCUUGUGAUAUGCAUGGUGGUAAUGUGUUGCACAUUGCCAGCUUGAUGUCUAAUGAUAUUGGCAGUUUUGUUAUUGUUUUGAAUCUGCAAUACAGACAUUCGUUUUCACAUU